ACCAGCUGAUGUGUUCUUUCCUCAGGACCAGCUGUUCUGGAGCAUCCCGGACUGGAGCCAGGCACAUUUGAGACUUGGAUCUAACCGGAGACUGCUGUGGCCACUUCUGCAGCCAUGUCGGUGUUAGAAGAGAGCCGGCCUUUUGCUCAACAGUUAUCCAAUGUCUACUUUACGAUCCUUUCGCUCUUCUGUUUUAAGCUUUUUGUGAAAAUCAGCCUCGCCAUCCUCAGUCAUUUCUACAUUGUGAAAGGCAACCGCAAGGAAGCUGCAAGGAUAGCUGCUGAAUUUUACGGAGUAACCCAAGGGCAAGGUUCCUGGGCAGAUCGAACCCCAUUACAUGAAGCAGCAAGUCAAGGUCGUCUUCUAGCUCUGAGAACAUUAUUAUCACAGGGUUACAAUGUAAAUGCAGUAACCAUAGACCAUGUCACCCCACUGCACGAGGCCUGUCUUGGAGAUCACGUGGCAUGCGCCAGGAUGCUUCUAGAAGCAGGAGCUAACGUAAAUGCAGUCACAAUAGAUGGUGUCACUCCGUUAUUCAAUGCCUGCUCCCAAGGCAGUGCCAGCUGCACCGAGCUUCUUCUGGAAUAUGGGGCCAAAGCCCAACUGGAGUCAUGUCUUCCAUCUCCCACCCAUGAGGCCGCCAGUAAAGGUCAUCAUGAAUGUCUGGACAUCCUCAUAUCCUGGGGCAUAGAUGUUGACCAAGACAUUCCUCAUUUGGGAACGCCUCUCUAUGUAGCUUGUAUGUCACAGCAAUUCCAUUGCAUCUGGAAGCUUCUUUAUGCUGGUGCUGAUGUGCAGAAAGGCAAAUAUUGGGAUACUCCAUUACAUGCUGCUGCCCAGCAACCCAGUACAGAAAUUGUAAACUUACUGCUAGAAUUCGGAGCAGAUAUCAAUGCCAAAAACACAGAGCUUCUGCGACCUGUGGAUGUAGCUACGUCGAGCAGUGUGGUUGAGCGAAUACUGCUUCAGCGUGAAGCUACCCCAAGCUCUCUUUGCCAGCUUUGCCGACUCUGUAUCCGAAACUGCAUAGGAAGACCAAGAUUGCACCUUAUCUCCCAGCUCCCGCUGCCAACAUUACUGCAGAAUUUCUUACAGUAUCGAUAAAGCAGUAAAAUAAUUCUAAAUCCCUUGAAAAAUCAAACAUUUCUACUUUACUUGCCUAAUGAAUAUUUAAUAUUAAAAUAUGCUAAAGAUAGGGUAAAAGUGGCAUGCGAUCACCCAGGGAAGCAGUGAAAUAUCAAUUUUCAUUUUAAGCAUAUUAGUACUAUUGUGUUAUGCAUUUUAUUGUCUUUGGAGCACAGUAUAUUUGUAAUAUCUAUAUGUUUUUAGCUAUUCCAGUGCAUCCUAUUGUUGAUU